AUGUCCCUAAGCACUACUACCUCUAGUUCUGUUCCUAAUUCCCGCCCACGGGCCAAGCAAGCCUGUCUGCCUUGUCGCAAGAAGAAAUCCAAAUGUCCCGGCCAGAGACCCGUAUGCGCGCACUGUGCGCGAUUGCGCCAACCGUGCUCGUAUGACGAUCGUCGAGCAGUUAGCCUCAGUCUACACAAAAGUCAAGUAAUAUUACAGGAGUUGAGUGACGCGCAGCCCAGUCCUGCCACAGGCCGUGUUCCAGUAGCACCCGAUGUCCCCCUCACUAGGCUAGCCCUGCCGCCCUGGGUCCAAGUCUCAGAGAUCGCGCAAUUGUACUUGCAAUGGGUGGAGUCGCAGCCGUUCCCACUUUUCCAUCAUGACACCUUCCUCAACACUCUCCAGUCCCGGGAUAUGAGGCUCAUCUACGCGUUGCUUGCGGUGGCGGGGCGCUUCUCGCCCCAUUCGGAGCAUCCUGGCGGAGAGGAGGUCUAUGCCGGGUACAGGCAGAUCGCUAAUCGGCUGGUUAUGGAGCAUAUCCUCAGCGGGGACGUGGCUAUAUGGACGUUGCAGACUCUCGUCCUGCUUGCCACGGCUGCAGGGCUCGAUGAUGAUAUCCAGCACUUGCAUUCCUACAUAUCACUGCUGGUGUUCUGGGCGAAUGUAAUACCCUGCUCGACAAGACCGGCUGGAAGGGCAGGGCUCGAGUACGACGACGAAGCUCUUCGAUGCCGUUGGAGUAUUAUUCUCUUGCAGAAGUUCUACUCGACAGCCACACAUCCUAUGAGCGAUGUCUUCACCGAAGAUGCCCGCCUCAAUGAGCAAGCGCCUCGACUUUUUCCCAGCAAAGUCAGCCCAACUCCUUCACCCGAGGAGUAUCAGUACGCAGACCAAGGGAUCGUGAUGACGACCAUCUAUCUAAGUGAAGUCUGGUCCCAAGCACGAUCAUACGUCCGCAGCCGUGGACACGCCAACAACGGACCCCCGCCGUGGUCGUACAAGUCCGCAUAUUCCCAGCGGAUGUCACUGCUGCUCCAGAUCGGGGCCAACCUGCCUUCCUUCCAUCGGUACGCAGUGGUCAAUCCCGAGGCUCAGACCCUGGAAGACAUCAACGCAGACCGGGAGUACUGGGCGCCGUGGUUUCUGAGUCGGUUUCUGUACCACACCACCGUCUGCCUCUUGAACCACCCGCUCCUGGUCAUGCUCUGUGCCCGAGAGAGGUGUCCCGUGCCGGAGAUCCAUCUGCAGCAGACCUCCUCCCUCAUCUCCCACCACACACGCUGGAUCUCCGACCUCUUGAUUCUCCUCGAAGAGAAAGCCUUCAGGAUUACUGAUCCCAUCGUGGGGUACUGCGCUGCCAUCGUGGCCACCAUCGAGCUCCAGCUCCAAUACACCGGGUCGACAGAUGAGCGAGCAAUUAAGAAGCAGCGGCUGCAGCGCUGCGUCGAUAUGGUCGACCAGCUGGGAGCGAUUUGGCCCGCGCUGCGUAGACUCUCCACCACCCUCCACCAACUCAUCCACGACACCGCAACAGCCUACCAACAAAGCACCCAGCACAACACGGACUUUCGCGUCCGACUGUCCGGCUUCUGGGAGGUUCUCGAGUUUCCCACCUCCAUUGCUGCAACUACAAUGGCAGCAACAACGACACCCCAAAGCCAGUCCCGCAGAAGCGAUCACCAGCGCUCGUGCCAGCCAUCAUCUCAGUCAUCCCAACAACAACCAGAAGAAGACCCCGGGCUCUCCCGACUCGAGUACCCCUACCGAGUGACGCGAUCCCGCCAACAGACCGGGCAGAAACAUUACCCAGCCACAGAGCGAAACCCUGCUUCGCCCUCCGCCUCCAUUAACGCGACUAUUGCCUUACCGACUGCGUACAACAAUACCGGCUUCAUCGCUAUGCCGGAUCCUCUAGCCCUAUGCCCCACAGACCCGCUCUUCGGGCCGGAGUUCUUCGAGUUCGGUGCACAGAUUGGUAGGGGGCAUUUUUGAUUAUGUCUUGUUGGCUGGAUCGUAUCAGGCACGGUAACGGUUACGGAACACUCUGGGUUGGACUGGGUUUUGGGAGUGUGGUGCUUGGUCGUUGCUGUUUGUAGUUACAUGAAAGUCGAUAUAGGGUGGUGGACUCACUACAGGCGGUUGGUGAAAUGUUGGCGUGUUGGAAUUUAUGAUACCAAUGUCCUUAUUUGGAUUUGAACAGGGGGUAAAGAGAUAUGUAUGCAAU